AUGACAGACUCCCAGAUCGACAGACAAGUCUCGCCAGUGGCCGAGGAAAGACGCAAAAAGUUCAUAGAAUCAGAUGCUGGUGACGGUACAACCAGAGAAGAACAGUACCUUCUGGGUGCAAAAUUGAUUCUUUGUAUCUUUUCGAUCUUUUUCUGUUUAUUCCUUUUCGCCUUGGACCAGACCAUUGUGGCGACGCUUUUGACCGAGGUGGGAAACAAGUUCAAUGCUUUUGACCGGAUUGGCUGGCUCACUUCGGGGUUUUUGAUUUCCAUGGCUGCCCUUGUGGCUGUUUGGGGUAAGCUUUCACUUAUUUUCGGUAGAAAACUGACGAUGAUAGUUGCCAUUGUGCUUUUCGAAGCUGGCUCGUUGAUGUGUGCUUUGGCUGAUAACAUGGAUGUGCUUAUUGGAGGCAGAGUGUUGGCUGGUGUUGGUGGAGGUGGAAUCCAGACCAUGACGUUUAUUAUCAUUACUGAGAUUUUGCCUAUCCAGAAAAGACCACUUGGAAUGGCGCUUUUGGGCUGUGUGUUUGCUGUGGCUUCUGUUUUGGGUCCCCUUAUUGGCGGUGCUUUCACGUCUCAUGUUUCGUGGAGAUGGUGUUUCUAUAUUAAUUUGCCAGUCGGUGGAGCUGCUGGUGUGCUUUUCAUCUACUGCUUCAACCCGCCAAAAACCAAGGGUAACUGGAAAGAAAAAAUCUUGAUGAUUGAUUAUAUUGGCGUGGUGCUUAUGACUGCAGGGUUUGUGGUUUUGCUUAUGGCACUUACGCUUGCCUCAGGAAACGAGUAUGAAUGGGAUUCGGGUGCUGUGAUUGCAUGUUUUGUCGUUGGAGGCGUUACUUUUAUUGCCUUUUGCGUGUGGAACUUCAUCUACUCAAAACACCCACUUCUUCCAUGGGAAGUGGUCAAGGUUAUCCAGGUUUCCGCUGCUGCUUUCAGUAUGUUCGGCACGUUUGCGUAUUUUAUGGCUGGCGUGCUUUACAUCUCCAUUUACUUCCAGGUUGUUCAUAACGCCAGUGCCUGGGAGUCGGGUGUUCACCUUUUGCCCAUGAUCAUCAGUACUGUGAUCACCUCCAUCGCCCUGGGCAUUCUCAUCAAGAAAACCCGCCACAUCAAGCCAUUUGCUAUCCUUGGCGCUGCCAUGGGCAUGGUAGGAUGUGGCAUUAUUACGCUUUUGGACGUUGACUCGUCCAAUGCCAAUAAAAUUGGACUCCUCAUUCCUCUCGGCAUUGGAGUCGGGUUUCAAAUGCAACUGUCCAUUUUGGGCGCCCAGGUUGCAGCACCGAAAUCACCGGGUUCCACCAUCAUGGCUACGACGUUGGUCAAUGUCUGCAGAACGUUUGGAGGUGCUUUGGCUGGUGCUUUGGCUGAUGCCGUGUAUAGUGCCGCCUUGACCAACCAUAUGAAGAAGACCUUGCCUGAACAAGGAUCAGAAGUUGCAAAAGAACUCAGUGGGGUCAAUUUGGAGUCACUUAUUACUUCUACAACCCUUUUGGGCGACCUCAGUCCUUCUGCUAGGGCAUACGUCAAGAGUGAAGUGAUGAAUGCUAUUAGAGAUACGUUCUACAUGGCGCUUGGCUUCUCUGCAAUUGCCAUGAUCUUUACUGUCUUCCAGACCAACCGCAGGUUGCCAGAUGUGGAUUUGGCGGAGAAUCAACAAGAGAUCAAGGAAAAGGAUGCACCUGAGGUGAGCGAAGAGAGUCUGAAGGAGCAUUCAGAUGAAGCCAGCGGCUCAGGCGAGGUGGAUGAGGAAAUUAGGAGUCAGAGAAGUUAG